AUGAAGAAUAGGACAGACGUGACAGAGUUCAUUCUGUUGGGACUCACCAAUAAACCGGGCCUGCAGCUUCCCCUGUUUAUCAUCAUCCUUCUCAUCUAUACCAUCACUCUGGUGGGAAACCUAGGGAUGAUCCUGCUAAUUGUCCUGGACUCUCAGCUCCACACCCCCAUGUACAUUUUCCUUGGUAAUCUUUCUCUGGUGGAUUUUUGUUACUCUUCAGUUGUCACCCCCACAGUCAUGACUGAGCUUCUUGGAGGAGACAAGAUCAUUUCUCACAAUAGCUGUGCUGCUCAGAUGUUCUUUUUUGGAGCCUUUGGUACUGUGGAGAAUUACCUGUUGGCUUCAAUGGCCUAUGAUCGCUAUGUAGCAGUGUGUAAGCCCUUGCACUAUGCCACCAUCAUGACUACAAGUGUGUAUACGGGGCUCAUCACUGGCUCUUAUGUCAUCAGUUUCAUGAAUGCCUCCAUCCAUGUUGCAGACAUAUUCACUCUUUCCUUCUGCAAGUCCAAUGUAAUUCAUCACUUUUUCUGUGACGUUCCAGCACUCAUGGUUCUCACUUGUUUUGAUAAUCAAGUUCGGGAACUACUUCUUCUUUCUAUUGAGAGUUUCAAUAUCUUGUUUGCUUUCAUAGUUAUCUGUACUUCUUACAUGUUAAUUUUUGUCACCAUCUCAAAGAUGCACUCAGCUUCAGGACAUCGCAAGGCUUUUUCCACCUGUGCCUCCCACUUCACUGCAGUGUCCAUUUUCUAUGGGACAGUCAUUUUCAUGUAUUUACAGCCCAGUUCCAGUCAUUCCAUGGACACAGACAAAGUUACUUCCGUGUUCUACACCAUGGUUAUCCCUAUGCUGAAUCCUCUGAUCUACAGCCUGAGGAACAAGGAGGUUAAGAAUGCAUUCUUAAAGUCAAUACUACAUUAUUAA